AACUUUCCCACAAUCAACAAGCAAUGAGGCGAUGACGGUGCAACAGGGGUGUGAGUAAGAUGGUUGAGAGGGGAGGAAUGCUUAUCUCCGGCCUUCCAUCGAAGGUGCUCGGCUCCGCGCGCCACCGCCAACCACCGAGUCCCGAUCGUUCUUUUUCUCUGACGCAUUUGCUUCCCUCCCUCUGACGUCUGCUGUAGAUCCCACGACUACGCAAUCACCAACGACAGGGAUAUCUGACAGCAACGGCACACGAGCAAUCCUACAACAUCCUCAUCAUCCGCUCCUGCCUAUCCGCCGCCGCUGAAUGAAUGUCCGCGAUCCGCACUGAUCUUGCGCCUGGUGACCGAUAUCGCUCCGACGGUUUGAGCAGCGUUGUACAGGAAAGGAACCUAGGAGAGUCAUGGCCUUUGAUUAAAGACACCACAACCAUGGCGGCUACUUCUGGAACGGGAUCAGUCCCAGCUCCGGGCGCCACACAGAAAACGGAGAAUGUCUCGAUCGCUCAAAGAAUGGUUUCUGCCACUAUCGGUAGUUUCUUCACCAACAUCCUAGUCACUCCUCUUGAUGUUGUUCGGGUUCGCCUGCAGUCCCAGUCGUUGGUCAAGAAUACCUCGCCUUUCACCUCGCAUACAACCCAUACCUUGAAGAACGCACCCCCAAACCUUGGAGUAACCGCUUGUUGUCGAGAAGUCUUCUGGAUUGGUCAGAAUUCUCAGAUAUGCAUGGUUGGACCGGAUGUGGGGGCCUUGGGGGCUACAUCGGUGGAUUGUGCAGUGGAAGAAACCCAGCGCAGGACGUUUACGUCAACCUUGGAUGGAUUGCGGAAGAUUGCUCGAAACGAGGGCGUGCUCACCCUUUGGCGUGGGCUUAGUCCUACUUUGAUGAUGAGUAUUCCGGGAAACAUCAUCUAUUUCGCUGGGUACGAUUGGUUGAGAACCGAUGACAGGAGUCUAGUAAAGCGGUUCUUUCCCGACGCCUACGCCCCAUUGAUAGCAGGCUCGGUUGCCAGAACUGCAGCAGCAUCUGUUAUCAGUCCAAUUGAGAUGUUCCGAACACGCCUGCAAGCCACUCCUGGCACCGGUGCGGGACAUUUCAAGGCCACUCUAGAAGACCUACACCAGAUGGCCCAGACAAACGGUUACAGUUCGCUGUGGCGAGGAUUGACCCUCACCAUGUGGCGCGAUGUGCCUUUCUCCGGGCUUUAUUGGUGGUGCUACGAAGAAGUCAAGAAAUACUUGAUCGAGAAUCGGAAGGCGGCCUACUUACAUUCCUUGCCACAUGGAGUGUCAUCUGCCAGUCAACGGCAGCUACACGACCUUGAUACCCCGACGUUCUUGGACAGCUUCAUCGCAGGUGCCAGCUCUGGAUCUCUGGCAGCGUUUGUCACCACUCCGUUUGAUGUGGGCAAGACUCGCCAACAGGUCUUCCGACACAUGGGCGAUGCGCCGGGUUCCUCUGCAGGCAACGCUGCGCAGGCAACUCUUCAUCCCGAACAGUUGCCCUUACCAAAAUUCUUGAUGCACAUUUUCCGCGAGGAAGGUUUGGCAGGACUUUUCCGCGGAUAUGUUGCACGGUGCCUCAAGGUAGCACCAGCUUGCGCCAUCAUGAUCUCAACUUACGAGUUCGGAAAGAAGAUGGCACGAGACGUCAACGAGAGAAGUCACUCUGCAGAUGAGUGAGCAAACACAUUCUCAAGCCCGAACAAAAAUCCAUAUCUCCUUGGAAAUGGCUCGACAUAUACCGGCGUUCUUGUUUAGAGGCAGAUCCAAAAUACCCGAAGCUUGAUCUAAGCAACGUGCAUUCUCCACUUUCUACCAUUAAUUCUCUGUUUGAUUGCGAUACAGUCGGCGUGCAAUGCUUACUGUCCCUGGUGUUUUGUUGAUGUAUGAUGAUACCGCAUUUAUAGAACUAUCUAUUCUGUUCUUUUUUCUCUGGUCUUCAGCGCUUUUCUGUAUAUUAUGUCUUGUUUGAGACCAAAAUGGGAGGGAGGUUUUGUCUUUUUCCGCGUGCAAAAGUCCUCUAACCCAUGUACAUCUUUACUGUCUUCUUAGAGAAAACAAAAUCUUCACUCCAGAUUAUUCUGACAAAGCUUUCUAGUACAUAUGUGCUUUACUGGACUUAUGAGAUAUUUGAGUAUUCGGUGAGAGCUUGAGUGGUCUGUAUGCCGG